AUGUUACGAUCACAGGAUCGGAAACAGAGAUUGACUGGCCAGGCCGGAGGACACGGCAAGCCAAGCCCGGGAUCACGGGACGAGCGAUCACAUGGGAUCACCUCCGAUGAAGAUGUUGGGUCGGAGACGGACCUGACCGAUUUCGACGACUACUUCAGUGACGAGGAGGACCAGGAUCACUCUCCAGAGUACUACCGUGGCGUUGAGGACGCGGUCCAGGGUUCCGAUAUCAUACAGACCGACUAUGCGGAGAGUACGACGAAGCAUUUGGAUGCGAUUAAGCGCCAUUGGUAUCUAUAUCGCGCCUAUGUGGGAAGGGACCCGAACUUCAAGUGCGUCGACCUUGGCGCCCUCAAAAGUUUCCUUGACUGGAAGCUGGGGCGUCGUCGAGAUGAGAAUGGAAGGCGUCUCCGACGAACGAAGUAUGCCGCCUCCCUGAACCUGUAUUGGAAGAACUUUCGGCUCGUUUACGAGCGGGCGACGGGAGAGAAGAUCGAUGAGAAGACCACCCGCCAGAUGCAUAAGGUUCUGCGUGAGCUUGCGAAGAAACAUAAACUGAGCACCCAGAAGCGGGAGAAGGCCCCGAUGGACGCCACGGAUGUUGCGAACGUGGCACAGACGGCCCUCGUCAGCAUCGAUAUCACGUUCACGCUUGGCCGGCAGCGGGUGGCCACCUGUCUGUUUCUUCAGAUGGGAUUCAUCACUGCAAAUCGGCCGCAGGCGAUCCUAGAGAUCCGCUAUCGACACAUCGUCGUCACCCGCGUCCGCGACCCUCAGGGCGGACCCACCCGAACCGUCCUGGAAUUCUCCUACGAGUUUACCAAGCAGUUUCUUGGGAUGAAGGAGACUCCUCACGCCUUCCUCCUCGGCCUCCUUCUCCACGACGGAGCCUUCCUGGAACCGAAUCUCACUAGCGCCGGGCACUUGAGCCAGCUCGAGGUCCCGCCCGGGUGUAACUCGAUGCCGGUGCCUCUCGAUCCCAGAUUGGAUGACGUCCAUCUCUUCCGCCAAACGGAGUCCACCCCGUCCGGGUUCGGCAUCUCGACGAAACCACUCUGCAGCUCGACGAUCCGGUCAUGGAUGAGGCGACUGGGUGAGAUCACUGGGUUCAAACAGGUUGCACGCCCGUACGGUCUCCGAUACGGGGCUGGGAAAGCGUUUGACGAUAGUAAACAUGUUAGCGACGAGCUACGAAACCUGAUCAUGAUCCACGCCGACGCACGGACGUUCCUCAAGCACUACCUGUCGAGACGAGUCACGGCGGAUCUCCAGGCCGUCGUCCGGGGCAUGGAGCCGCAAGACGACCUGAUGCGCGCGGUGUGUCGGAUGAGUCGAUGGAUUGAUCCACGGCGGCCGUGGAAGCUCACGCCCGAUCAAUCCCGAUCAGUGAACGACAAUGAGAACAUCCGGCGCUGGAUGGAGAAUCGCACUCGACUCCGCCGCCGACAUGGUCGACGUCGCUCCGGCGCGGCUUGGGAGGCGUGUGACCGGCUGACCCGCCGGAUAAAUAACGAACGGCAACGACUGCGAACCGCGCUCCUAGCCGACAUUCGGAGCCGCUGGGAUCAAGAGCAGGCCGUUCGGGACAUCAAGCUGCAGUUAUCCGGCGUGAAGAUCGAGGAGGUCGUGGAAUCGAAGCUCGAGACGCGGAAGAGGACCCCGGAACAUGACCGCUUGAUCCAGGCCGUCCUGACACUUCCGGGGAAAACGCUCGACGAGGAAUACCGCCGACGGAACGCGGCGAUCGACGCGGUCGCAGCCUACUGCGCCGUCGAGGAAGGGAGGGUCAUCCGGCGUUCGGCGUCCUCUCACGGUCAGGCAACGGCCGUCAAGCGGGAGGAAUCGGAUCCACUGGAGCAAGCGUUGGAGGCCGCCAUGGUCUCUGUCUACCGGGAGAAGCGCCCCAAGGUCUGUUUCCUCUGUCUCGGGAACCAAGAACUCCCGGUGAAGGAUCGCAUCUAUUCAUUCUAUACCCCCGGUGACCUCAGCAAGCAUUUCAAGCGCAAGCACCUUGGCGCUCUCAAGCCCCGCCAGAAGGUCGACUGCAACGUCUGUCGGAUGACCCUCGAACAUAAGAUGCAUCUGCAGCGUUUCGUAGGAUGACCAACUCCAUAUCAUCUCUCCGAGCGCUAUCUUUGCUUGGCCUUCCCACUCCUUUGAGAUGGUUGCCAG